GGCAAAAAUAGCUGCUUUGUCGCGGCUUAUCGGUAGACACGUUGUAAGCUCUCGUCUACUGCGCAUCGCUUGCCGCCGCGCUGCAUAAUAGUGCCUCAGAGGGAUGUCUAAUUUGAGUGCGGCGGGAGCCCUCACGGCGUUUGGCAGCGGCAUCAUGCUUGGCUUCGGCUGGGCGCUUCUCAACAACGACCGGUUCCAGGACGCAAAGGACGUCGCGCGCACGACGAUCGGCGGCGGCUUUUUCGUCGCUGGUCUGUACGUCUGGGCGCCAGCGGGCAUAAGGCGCGUGUGGCUAGAAUGAUGCGCCGGCUCUUAGUCACGCUGCUGCUGGCGCUGAGCUCAGCGGAUGACGCGUGCGCCGUCGAUCCCUGGAUCAAGCCCGGCCGCUCCGGGGAACGAGUGCCAUCACGUCUAUUCGCGCCUUACGUCGCGCCACAACCUGCAAAGAGCGCUGCGAAAACGUCCAUCGUCUUCGUCCACAUCUCCAAGAGCGCCGGCUCGACGAUGAAGAAAGCGCUCGCGGACGCCGCGCGCCGAACGAACCGCCGGCCGCCGAUCACGCUAUUUCGGCGGACCUGGCCGCGGUUCCUGGCCGCCUGCGCCAAGGGCCGCGCCGCGUGCCGCGCGGACUUGUACGCCGGGACAAAUGCGUUUGGGGCCUGCGAAUACGUCGAGGCGGCGGCGCGACGACGCGGCGAGGACCGGCGGUGCGUCUACGCGACGGUUCUGCGGAACCCCAUCGACCGCGUGGAAUCAUCGUGGCGGUACUUCUGUCUCAACGGAGCGGAGCGCCGCAAGGGCUGGACGAACGCCAUGAAACGAGCCGGUAGGUGCUCCUAUUCGCUCGAACGGUGGGCGCAGACGCAGUCGAUGCUGAGCGUCCUCGAGCUGUCCACGAACCAAGCACCCGUGGCGCGCGACGCGCCCGCCAACCAGUCUCUAAAGUGCGCGCCGCUCGCGGAUGGCCCCGCCGCCGUCCGGCGGCGGCCCCAAGCGUACCUCGAGGCGGCCCUGGCCAACGUCGUCGGGCCUGACGCGCCGUUCCGCGCCGUCGUCGUCGAGGACCUGGCGGACGGCCUGCGCCUCCUCGCGCACGAGCUCGAUUUGCCCCUCUCCGCGACGCACGCCUCGAGCGUCGAGAACGCCGGCGCCGGCGCGCGCGCUGGCGCCGUCGAGCGAGCCGCGGCGGCGGGCGCACUCGCGCUCGAGGUCAAGCUCUACGAGCGCGUGCGCGUGGAGGCGUUGCGGCGAGCGUCGGCUCUGGGGCUCUGACGAG